UGAUAAUUUUAGAAAACGAUAUCGAGCUGAGAGCUACGAUUCGGUUAACAUAAAGUAGUAAAAUCAAUUUUUCGAGCAUACAUACCAAGAUAUGCGAUUUAUUCAUCGAGUUCUUUAUUUUUCUUUGGUUCUUUCUUUUCGAAACGAUCCCUCGAUCCUUCAACCCCUUGUUUAGUUCCUAAAAUCACCGUCCUGAAUCAUAGAGUGUGCCACAAAAUGACUAGCAAGAAUGAGGUUCGAAGCAAUCUGCUAUUACCAUCAAGGUGCAUGAGAUUGUGUAGUGCGAGGUGUUUCACAUUUUUAUACUAUAGAGUACAUGUUGCUCGUUUUCGAGCUACAAAUUCACUCUUUGUCGAUCCAUAGUCAUUGCUUCUCGUAACAACAAACUUGCAACAUUCACAAUUAAAAAGUUACUAGUUUUCGUUGGGCACCUCGACUAUAACAUUUAUUAAUUUGACAUUUAUUAAUAAAUGAAAUUUAUUAACAACUCGGACUUCAGCUGAAUUAACACCGUUUUAUAAUCACUGCUAAUUACUAAGUCAUUGAUAGUUUUCGUUCAAUAGAAAUUAUCUUCUUAUUAUGUUUCAUUUACUGUUUAAUACGACUGAAGUUGCCGGGCAAUGUCAAUGGCGGUAAUUAGAAGUUUUGUAACCCUUUUUUGCAAGUUACAUUUAAAACAUUAUGAAAAAGUUUAAAACGAUAUGAACUGUUGCGCUUGUCGAAUAUGAUUUUACAUUUAUAACCUUUUAGAAAUAGGAACCCGGAAUCAUGUUGUAUUUUCUUUAUUAUAUUAAUUUUAUUACAAACAGAAGUAACAUAUCGAGAGUAAAUUUGUAUAAAUCAAAACAUUAUCAAUUAUUUCUCGCAAGGUUCAAAAGUUCUGUUAAGGUGAUGAAAGUUCUUAAUGUUGCGGAAAAAAAUGAUGCCGCGAAAAAUAUCGCAGGCUAUUUAUCGAAGGGUACUUCUAAACGGAGAGAAGGAUUAUCCCCAUAUAAUAAAAUUUAUGAAUUUAAUUCACAUUUAUGGAAUCAGAAUUGUGAUAUGAUCAUGACUUCUGUGUCUGGUCAUUUGUUGGGUUUUGAAUUUGUUGGUACAUAUCGAAAAUGGCAGGGUUGUCAUCCGUUAAGUUUAUUUGAUGCACCUGUAGUAAAACAGUGCAUAGAUGAUACUUUCAUCAAGAUUAAAAAGACUAUAGAGAGGGAAGUACGAAAAUGCAAUGCAUUAAUUAUUUGGACAGAUUGUGAUCGUGAAGGAGAAAAUAUAGGAUUUGAGGUCAUUGAAGUCUGUCAAGGAGUUAAACCUAAUAUUCGUGUAUAUAGGGCAAAAUUUUCUGAAAUUACACAAGCAUCUGUAAAUAGAGCUCUUCAGAAUCUGAUAGAGCCAGACAAAGCAGUCAGUGAUGCUGUUGAUGUAAGAAGUGAAUUAGACUUGAGGAUAGGUGCUGCAUUUACAAGAUUUCAAACACUGAGACUUCAGAAAGUAUUUCCUAGAAGUCUGUCUGACAUGUUGAUUAGUUAUGGUAGUUGUCAGUUUCCUACUCUAGGUUUUGUAGUUGAAAGAUAUUUAGCAAUAGAAAGAUUUAAGCCAGAACCGUAUUGGAAAAUAAGCGUGACCGAUAUCCGCGAUAAUCUUUCUGUGGACUUUAGAUGGGCAAGAGGAAGAUUAUUUGAGAAACUACCUUGUGAAGUUUUUCUUGAUAUGUGUCUUGAACAGCCUAAUGCCACUGUACAGAAGGUAACAUGUAAACCCAAGAGUAAAUGGAGACCGCUUCCAUUAGACACAGUUGAACUGGAAAAACAAGGUUCUCGAAAGCUUCAUUUAACCGCUAAAGAAACUAUGAGAAUUGCAGAAAAAUUAUAUUCUCAGGGUCUCAUCAGUUAUCCGCGUACAGAAACAAACAUAUUUCCGAAGGAAUUAAAUUUAACUCCUUUGGUAAAUCAACAAGUAAAUCAUCCAGCUUGGGGUAAUUUUGCGCAACAGUUGCUAGGAAAAGGAUUAAAUCCUAGACAGGGGAAGAAAAGUGAUCAGGCACAUCCUCCUAUACAUCCAACAAAAUAUACUGAUAGUUUAAACGGCAACGAAGCGAAAGUUUACGAAUUCGUUGUUCGACAUUUUUUGGCUUGUUUAUCGGACAAUGCCGUCGGUCAAGAAACAUUGGUAGAAAUUGAUAUAGCUGGAGAAAAGUUCAUAGCUAAUGGUCUACAAAUUAUCGAAAAGAACUACUUAAACGUGUAUAUAUAUGAAAAAUGGAGCGAUAAAGAAAUUUACCAGUACCAAGAGGGACAAGUAUUUAGACCAAGUAGUAUAGAUAUGGUACAAGAAGAAACAUCUCCGCCGCAAUUGUUGACCGAAGCUGACUUAAUUAGUUUAAUGGACAAAUAUGGCAUCGGUACAGAUGCAACUCACGCGGAACAUAUUGACACGAUAAAGUCGCGUCAAUAUGUAGGUGUAACUGAUGGAAAAUAUUUAAUACCUGGCAAACUUGGAAUUGGACUGGUGAUGGGAUAUGAUCUUAUGGGGUUUGAAAUGUCAAAACCAAAUUUAAGAGCCGACUUGGAAAAGGGUCUUAAACUGAUAUGCGAUCGACAAAAGGAUCCAAAAGUUGUGUUAGAAGCUCAGAUAAAUACGUAUCGUGAGGUGUUUAAAAUAGCAAUAGAACGUGCUAAUUUAAUUGACAGCGCCUUAGCUGACUAUCUCGAUGAACAACCGGCAGAAGUACAACAGAUGGAGAGGAUUAAUCCGCCUGAAGAAAUCGCUAUCUUUAAGUGCCCUAAAUGUGGCUUAAAUAUGGUCCUUAAGGAGAAAAAAGAUAAGGCAAAAUUCAUUGGUUGCAUUAAUUUUCCAACUUGCAGCAAUGCAAUUUGGUUCCCGCAGAAUGUUGAAUCUGUUGAAGUUCUAGACGAAGUUUGCCCUCAAUGCCCGGGGGAUAUGCGUAAACUAAAAUUCAAGUUAUCCAGAAACGCUUAUCCAAUUUAUGGUACUUCUUAUACAACUUGCAUAGGGGGCUGCGAUCCUAUGUUCAACGAAUUAUUGAAUAUAAAGAAUGAGAGUAUUAAAGGCAUCUCUCAAAGAAAUGAAAGUGGUUACUACAGUAUGCCCGAUGAUACGAGAUCAGCUAUCAUUCUAAAUCCAACCGUAGUAAGACCCGGAAGUAGUAAUAGUCGAAGUGGUGGAAAUAAAACAAAUUUAUCUAACCCCAGUACGUCUGUAGGGCUCGUUCGAAAUCAAAGUAGUAACCGUAAUACGACGAGUAGGUCGACUAGUACGAGUGUUAAAAAACAAAUUGCCCCUAAACAUAAUACAUUCGUUAACACCAAUAAUUUUAAUUCAUCGAUGGUCAGUCCAAGAUCAGCUGAAAAUGAACCGAACAGAACUUGGGGUCAUAUCGAUAACGAUGCCGUUAUUAUGUGUAAUUGUCAUGAAAAUGCGAUUCAAUUAACCGUAAGAAAAGAAGGACCAAACCAGGGAAGAUUAUUUUAUAAAUGUGCAAAACCUCAAGGCUCUGGUUGUGAUUUCUUUCUUUGGGCAUCAGAAAGUACAAGUCAAACUCCAAAUCAUAUAAGUAAUAAUUCUCGUCCACCAUUCAUUGCAAAUACAAACCCUGGUCCAAGUACAAUGUCAUCAAAUGAUAUUAAAUGUCAUUGUAAUCAACCAGCAAAGCAGCGCACUGUACAGAAAGAUGGUCCUAAUAAGGGGCGUUUAUUUUAUUCGUGCCCCAAAGGCAUGAGCGAUUCUUGUAAAUUCUUUCAAUGGGCGGAUGAAGAUAGUGAGAAUUUUAACAGUAUGCCUACUGACAGUAAUACAAGAACAGCAACUAGAGGCAGGGGACGAGAAAAUACGAAGAAAGGGUCUCGAGUUGGCACUGGUAAAAGAAAAUGCGGAAUUUGUGGAGUAGAAGGACACACAAGAAAAACUUGUCCAGAAAAUGUAAUGGAUUAAUGAAGGUAUGUAAAAUUUGAAAUUUGCCUUAUAUUAUCAUUAUAAAGUGUACAUAUUGGAGUUGACGUACGUAUACGCGUUCGCGUACCUUGACGUGUGGUAUUGUACAAAGGAAGUAUAAAGGAAGAAAUAAAACACGAAUUAAU